AUGUACUCACGAGCGCUGGCCGGGAACGAGAAGGCGCUGGGCGGGGACCACACGUCGACCCUCAACACCGUCAACAAUCUCGGCAAUCUAUACCGUGUCCAAGGUAAACUGGGCGAGGCGGAGGAGAUGUUCCUGCGAGCGCUGGCCGGGUACGAGAAGGCGCUGGGCGGGGACCACACGUCGACCCUCAAGACCGUCAACAAUCUCGGCAAUCUAUACGUUGACCAAGGCAAACUGGGCGAGGCGGAGGAGAUGUACCAGCGAGCCCUGGCCGGGUACGAGAGGGCUUCACAGUCCAAGACUAUUCCAGCUCUCAACACCAUUUAUAACAUGGCCUUACUGUAUCGUGACCAGAGCAAGGUCGAAGAGGCUAAGGCAAUGCUUCAGCGUGCACUGGCGGGUGGUAAAAAGAUACUAGGACCUCACCAUUCUUAUACUCGAGACGUCGUCAAUAGGUUGAAAGAGUUGACAUCCAGCUGA